CUCGCGCUUCGACCUUCCGUGCGCCGCUGCACCGGCCCGCUGUGUUGUGUAGGCGGGUGUGUGUGUGUGUGUGUGUGUGCGCGCGCGUGCUGCUGCAGUGAAGAACGGAUCUGUUUUUUUCUGGAACAGAGAGGAUGAUAACGCUGCGCUGCGGGGCGUCUUCAUGUCUGCCAGGUCGGCAUUAAGCUGCCAGUGUUGAUCUGCACAACAUCCUGAGUCACGUCCUAUGGAGGUCAAAGGUCACCUGAUCACUGCCAUGGGUUUAGGGUCUCCAGAGGUGCAGGACAGUAAGCUGCAGGCUGAGAGGGUCUCGGAGCUUCAGGAGAGGAAGGAGACGCUGCAGACGCUCCUGAGUUCUCGACUCGGGGAACUGAGACAGAUGUGUGUUCUGGAGGCGGAGCUGACGGGGAAGUUAUCCCGAGAUUUUCCGCUGGAAGUGGGAGAAAGACCCCCGUUUGUUCAGCGCAGAGCCGGACUCGCCCCCACCAAAUCAGAGGAUGACGCUGGACAGCGCCGGCAGAUGAAGACGCUCUUCGGCGGCGCUCUUCGCCGGAAUAUGGAGUCUGAUAAAACCGGAUUUCACAACAAGAGAACCGUUCACCGCGGCUGCCAUACAGAGGACACGGUUAAAUCAGAGAGCAGUUCCUUGUCGGACUCCAUUCCGUCCCAAGACAACGAGGACUCCUCACCGAGUGUGUUUCCUGAGCACCGCUCCCUCUCUCACCCCCGGUUGGCCCCUGGGAGCCCGGAGUGCCGCCUGAGCCGGAAACUUUCUCCAGUAGAGAUUUAUUACGAGAUGAGAACUCGCCGUAACUCUGCGUCCAGCUCCGUCAGCCCAAGCCACUCCCUGCCGAGAAGUGCAUCUAAUGUGGAGGGCCGGAGUGUUCCAGCCACGCCCCUUCUGUCCAGAACUGCACCAAUCAGCAUUCACAUGAGGUCGGACGUGUCGAGCAGUGUGGUUCUAAAGCCGUGGGGCGACAGUCCGGACGUCCCGCAGUUCGUGCCGUUGGAGAGCUCGCUGUCCUCCUCGGAGCGGCGCGGUUGUCCGUACGGGUCCCGGGCUCGCCGCAGUAACAGCUCAGAGGCGCUGCUGGACCGAUCCAACCUGCCCGAGUCCGGCAUGCCCUCCAGAGCCGGACCCUACAAGAGCUCCGAGUCCCUGACGGACGGGAAGCUCAGGCAGCUGUACCGCGGGAGUCCGGAGCGGCAGCCGGGCGGCGCCGGCGAGCAGCCGGGACGAGUGCGCUCGUCGGUGGGCAGCAGGGGGAGUGGCCUGGGUUACAGCGAGAUUCUAAUGGACUACAUCUGGGGGAAACCGCAGAAACGGCCAGUUCAGCACCAGCAGCCGCAGCCUCCAGUCUGGCCUGAUCUCUCCGCCUUCCCUGUUCCUGUAUCCGGCACCCCUCCCCACUAUAAUGGUUUCUCCCAUUCCCAAAUCCACCUGGCCUCGGCCCCGCCCCCCUACAGCCCCAUGAUCCUGCGGGACCAGCCGGCCGAACCUCGCCGCAUUAAAGUCACCCGGACCAAAUCCUGCGGCCCCUUUAUUCCCCUUCAGCAGCACCCGCAGGACCCGGUCCUGCUCUCCGCCUACGAGCCGCACCCCCCGCCCGGCUCCGCCGCCGCUGCAGAGCUGCCCGCGGUGUUUACCCGCCGGCUUGCGCCGUUCCCCCUGCCCUCGCCCGAUGACUCCACCCGCAGCCUGCACAAAGCCCUGGCGCUGGAGGGCCUGCGGGACUGGUACCUGAGGAACGCUUUGGGUUACAGCGCCCCCAAAGGGCACGACGGGCUGCCCCUGCGCCACGCCCACCACCUGCUGCACCAGCCCCAGUCCGUUCCCCUGGACCCGCUCUACGCCCACCCCCACAUCCCGCAGUCGGCGUCCUUCCACGGCCACCCGUUGCACGGCAGAUCUGUGGAGCUCUCUCUCUACCCAGAACCGUUUCCCUCCAAGGAGAACGUCCAGAAGGAGGCGAGCGCUGACCCUGCUGCUCCGGGGACUCUGGUAUAGAUCCACACUUUCCGCAGCGCAGAGCUCCUCCGGUCUUCAGAGUACGAACUGAGCCCUGUCAUAUAAAUACAUCCUGAUAUAAACAGUACUUAUGAAUUAUAUUCUAUUACAGAGGUACAUUUGCAUAUGAUUUGGGCAUUAAAAUAUACAGAGCUCAUCUUCGUUUCAUCUUCAGAUAUAUAUUUUCGCAAAAAUAAAUAAUAUAGAUAAAAUGUAUGUAUCAAAAAUGACUAUUUUGUAAGUAACAAUGUUCAGGUGAACAGUCAUUUGAAAAAAAGACAUAAUUCUACAUUAAAUUUAAUAAACUCAUCGCAUUUAAAUGUAUUAUAGCAGCUGUGAAUGUGUAGCAUAUCUAUUGUUUUAAAUAUCUAAAUAUGUAGCUUAUAACAAGUGCGAUGUAUCAUAAACACAAGCUGUAAAACAGAAAGAACCUCAGAACUAAAGGAACUGAGGAAAACUGGAUUUCAGGUUGCAAAAGUAAUGAACCCCACUAAAAGUAAUACACUUGAUUUCAAAUAAUAAUUUUUUUUCCAUCCAGUAAAUUUAUUGUAAAGUUAACAAACAAAACACUUAAUAUGCAGAUUCUGGUGCAAAAUGGAACAAUGCAUAUUUAGCUCAUAUGAGGGGCUUUAAUAAUCAAACCAACAACAUAUUUAGGUUUUUCAUUUUCUUUAAAAUAUCUGCUGCAGAUAUAAAGCCUUUAUUAUUUUUAGAUGAUUUUGUUUCUUUUUUAUUAUUAUUAGAUGAGUUAAUAGACAAUACAUGUCAAUUAUUUAUUUAUCUUUAAUCCACAAAAUAUUUUUAAGAGGGUUGAAUACUUUUGCAAGCAGUGCAGCUGAAGUGAGUUUAGUAAGUUUGGUCCAGAAAAAUGUAGCAGGUAUUUUUUUACGUACAGCCUCAUUAAUAAAAUGUCUUAAUAUUUAGAUUUUGCUGCAUUAUUAUGCACAGUUUGUUAAAGAGGAAACGUUUACAGAAAAUCAUCAGUAAAUCAGUUUAUUGAUGUUUAUGUAAAUCAGCCGAUCCUGCAGGAGCUGAUUUAGAGUCAGAACAGCUGAAUGUAGACUCUGGUUUUGGGACCUCGAAAAAUAUAUAUUACCUCAAAACCCGUGAGCAGAAGAUCUCAGUCUGUGAUCGUUAAUCUGUCGCAUGUUUAACAGCGUGGUGAAACGCGGUGGUGAAACGCGGUGAUGUUAGUUUUCACUGUCUGAAGGUUCAGGUGAGCUGUAGAUCUGUUCUCACCUGAGCUGAUGUUAUCUUUCUGCAUCCGCCAGCUAACAGGUAACGUUAUAAAAACAUUUAGAAACGUUCUGAGAAGAUCAGAGGAAGGUUCGUCUGUUUCAGAAAUAAAUAAAGCCUGAUAACGAUUUGCUUCACAACAUUAUUAGACCGUUUUUCACAUCACGCUUCCAGCUGGAAGAAUACUAAAAUUAUGAAAACAAUUAAGGAACAUUCUCAAAACUACAACUUGAAAUAUUUAACUCACAUUUUGUGAAUCAUCAAAGAAGUAUAAAUCCUUUAUUUAAUUUUAUUUUCUUGGGUAAAACUUUAGCACUAAAUCUGCUCUCUUGCUUCAGCUGAGGCUGAAAAAUCUGAUUAUGUUGCUUUUUUACCAAACAGAUUAAAAAUCGACUAAAAUCCUGAAUAAAUUCUAAAGAGACGAUUCUGCUGUUCUGCCCGUUUAACUUCAGUCAGACCGGAAACAAAACACCAACACCAACGAGCGAGUGAUUGUGUGUGUGUGUGUGUGUGUGUGUUACCUGGUAAUAAACCACUUUAAUUAGGCAAUUUACAUCUGAAGGUAAUUAUCUAAUCAUCGCUAUGGAAACGGUAAAGUGUAAACCCUGGUUUUAAUCCAGUUUUAGUUUUGGUGUUUUAUUUCAGUGUUCAGCAGUUUUUCUGAGUUGAUGGUAAGAAAAGUAUGAGCAGGUCUUAUACCAGAUCUCCAUCCGUACUAUUUUUUAUUUGUUUUAACUGGUUUAUUUUUGGCUGUAAUCUGUUUAAUUAGUUUGUGAACUAUAUAUUUAUAUCAGACAUUUAUAUACAUUUUUUUGCCUUAGGUUAUGGUACUCCAUCUUUAUUUUUCCUGUUUUAAAGAUUUUAAUAUGUAAUUUUAUGUAAUUCCAUGAUGCAGUUUUUACUGCAUGAGGUAACUGAGUUUAAAUGCAGUAUUAUAAACAAACAGUUAAACAGCUGAUAAUAAAUUUCUGUAGCAUUUAACUUUUUCUUUUUCAUUUCUCUGAGUUAUGUUCAGUGAAAUAUGUAAGAGAUAUGCAGAACAGAUGCUCUCUGAUUGGUCUGUUAGUUUAUCUGCUGAUGUGGGAUUGGAAAAGCUAAAUGUUAAAGGACUGAAUCCAGAUUCUGCAGGUUCUGAACUUUAUUCAGGAGCGGUUUUCUGUUUAUUGGAUUUACUCACAUUUAGUUCACUCCUUUGGGUCGUUCUUAAUAUAUUUUUGUAAGAUAUUUUGAAGGAUGAUAUUUUCUCAAACAAACCCAAUCUGAUAAAUCUGAUAACUCUAAUUGUAACUGGCCUUCCAAAUAGCUGAGAAAAUGUGGUUUAAUAAAAACAGUGGGUUUAAGCUUCUCCAUGUUCACGGCUGUUCUGAGUGUAGAAUCACAGAAAUAUUAAGACUUUUAUUUUUGAAAUCUAAAGAGCACGGAUUGGUCCAUCGCUUUGAGAACUGCUGCGUUUCUGCAUUAAAAUGAAGGUUUAAGUUCAGAAAAUGAAAGUUAUGUAUUUCUGGUUUGUUCUUUUUCAGAAAGUGAAAGAUAUUGUUUUAUAUUUCUCUGUUUUUCUUUGGUCAGUGUUUAGUGCCUCCAGCUAUUAGAACUGAACCCUGAAGACCAAACCGCUGUGGGAGUCUGUUCUCGUGUAGACUUCAGUUUCAGUGACUGUCUUUACUGUAUGUAAAUAUUUAAAGAAAAAUACAUUAAUCAACUUGAAUAAAAAGUAAAUAUAUAUAUAUAUAUUGUAUAUUUAUGUAUACUGUAGUGUGUUUACACCAGCAGAAUGGAAACUCAUGGCUUUACGAUAUGAACUAAUCUAGUUUGCAGCAGGCCGACCACUGUUUACCAUUUUUUACUCAGAAAUGCUUUACAAUAUUUUUUAUUUCUCAUUGUAAAAGUUAUAUUGUUAUAUUGCUGUUAUUAUUGUUUAUAUUGCUGUUAUAUUGUCCAUUUUAAGUAAAUAACAAUGGCUUGCACAUUAUAUAUAUAUA